AACUCUCAAAUCUAUAAUAAAAUUAUGAAUUUAGUAUAUUUUUUAUGUGCUUGACUGACCCAAACAGUAGAGGCUUGACCAAUGUUAUUUUUUCGUUCUCUGACUGAUGGUCCACAACCUGUUGACCGAAUCAAAGAAGACAAUAUGUCAAGAAGUACAAGAACAACCACAAAUUAGACAGAUAUAGUGGCAGAAUAACAACUUCAAUCAUCAAAGAAUACCUUGUUACAACUCCGUUUCGUCUUAAAAAAAUACAGACUUUUAAUGAAAUAAUAAUUCCUUCGUGUCAAUUUCGAAAAGACCUGUGGGAACACUUCGGACCAUAACUUAAAAUAAACACGCAACAUUAUGUUUCGUUAUCAAUAUUACAGAUUAAUGAACAGAAUGUUAUGGUACUCAAUGAGGUCUUUAAAUGUACCAGCUUAUUCUGAAAAUACUACGGUUUUAGGCAUUGAAACUUCUUGUGACGAUACUGGUUGUGCUGUUGUGAAUGGUGCAGAGUUUAGACAAUGCACCUGGAGAAGUAAUGGAUAAGGCUGCAAGGAGAAUGAAACUUCGAAAUAUACCAGAUUAUUCAAAAGUUUCAGGAGGCAGGGCUAUUGAGUUAGCUGCAAUGAAGUCUAAGAAACCUGAAAUGUUUCAAUUCACAAUACCUCUAAUCAGGAAUAGAGACUGUAAUUUCAGUUUUAGUGGGCUUAAAGACGCAUUGGUACGUAUUGUCUUGAAGAAAGAAGAAGAACAUGGAAUAAUGGGUAGUGGCAUUAUACCAGAGGUUUAUGACUUAUGUGCAGCAUUUCAACUUACAAUGGCUGAGCACAUUUACCAUAGAACAGAAAGAGCAGUUUUAUUCUGUGAAAAGACUAAUCUAUUAUCUAGUCAAUACAAAAAUAUUGUUGUAUCUGGUGGUGUUGCCUGCAAUGAUUUUAUGUUUAAUUCAUUAAAGCUUCUUGGAGAUAAAUUAGGGUACAAUGUGUACAGACCUCCUCUAAAGGUGUGUACAGACAAUGGCAUAAUGAUAGCUUGGAAUGGAAUUGAAAAACUGAGACAGCAAGAAGAUACCAAUAUAACAACAAGCAUACAACUUCAAGACAUUGAACCUACAGCCCCAUUAGGCACAAAUAUAAUAGAUAAAGUUAUAGCUGCCAAUUUACCAACUAAAGUUACAAGGUUACUUAAGUUAUUUAAUGGUAAUAAAUUGUUGGAAAAAUAAAUGGCAAUUUAUUUUAGUGUGCAUUUGCAGGGUCC